AUGGGGGACACCCGGCGAGGUUCGCUCAACAGCCACCUCAUCCCUGAGUCCAGGCGUGGGUCAGAGAGGCGGCAGGACGAUGACCCCCUUGGCCUACAGAGUGCUGCGUAUGAGAGCCAGCGGGUCAAGGACCUAGACAAUGUGGGUCUGGGAGCUGAUGACCAGGAGGAGGAGAUUCCCCCUGAGGAGGUGGCUGGGGAAGAGUUCGAGACCCAGAAACCGGAGGAGGCACUUUUUGAGCUGGAGAGAGUUCUGGACAAAGGCUUAGAGGACGAUGUUCCUGAAAUGAGCCGGCUGUCCAUCACUCAGAGGCUCCCCAGAACCUCAGUGGCCAAAGGGAGGAAGAGGAGGCGGCUCUCUGAGCUGGCAAAACCCAAGGCCAACUGGCAAGUCUUGAAGGACAGGAAGGGAUGCCGUUGUAAGGGCUAUGCCUGGAUUUCCCCAUGCAAGAUGAGCUUGCAGUUCUGUCUCUAUUGGCCCUCCGUGUACUGGACUGAGCGGUUCCUCGAGGACACCACACUGGCCAUCACCGUGCCCGCGGUAUCCCGCCGCGUGGACGAACUGGCUCGGCCCAGGAGAUUCUACUUGGAGUAUUACAACAACAACAGGACCACUCCCACCUGGCCCAUUCCUCGGCCCACCUUGGAAUACCAAGCAUCCAGUCGCCUGAAGGAACUGGCCACCCCGAAGAUGCGGAACAACAUUUGGAGCAUCAACAUGUCUGAGGUGUCCCAGGUGUCCAGGGCAGCCCAGAUGGCAGUCCCCAGUCAACGGAUCCUCCGGUUGUCAAAGCCCAGGGCCCCAGCCACCCUGCUGGAAGAGUGGGACCCCAUGCCAAAGCCCAGGCCACACGUGUCAGACUACAACCGCCUCCUUCACUUGGCCAUGCCCAAAGCCCAGUCGGACAAGUGCGUUCCUGACCGAGAUCCUCGCUGGGAGGUACUAGAUGUCACCAAGAAAGCGGUGGCCAGUCCCCGGAUCAUCUCCCUGGCCCAGCCCAAAGUGCGCAAGGAGCUCAACGAGGGCUACGACAGGCAUCUCCACGCCUGUAUGAGCUUGCCACCCCCAAGAGCAUCACCAAAAAAGUAUGAGCAGCCUCUGAGCACCCAGUAA